AUGAUCAUGUUUCAUGGGCAAAUUGGUGGGAUGGACGGUGGGAUGGCCAAACUUCAAAAUUACUACCACUCUCCGGAUGGCCGUGUGUGCCGCUCCAAGAAAGAGGUGAUGGCAUACUUGCAAGGAGCGCAGCCUCGAGGGAAGAAGGCAAAGACGAGCGCACACGAGCAGGUGCACCAGCGCCGGCAGCAGAAGCAGCAGCAGCAGGAGGAGGGGGAGGAGGUGGAGGAGCAGCAGCAACAACAGCAACAACAACAGCAACAGCAGCAGCAGCAACAACCCUUUUUCACCCCGUGUCCUCUCACCUCCCUGGUCCUGCCUAAUACUCUCGCCUCACCUACUGUACCAGCGCCUUCUGGGGGGUUGCGUCAUUGUCAUACGGCAGCAGCAGCAACAGCAACAGCAGCCGCACCGCCCGCCUUUUUCGCGACACCAGCGGCCGCUGGUAACCAAGCAGGCAGCGCGCAUCCGCAUGCUGCUGACGUCGCAGACGCUCGUCCUUGCCAUUUCCAGGCCUCGGUCGUGUUCGGGUUCCCUGCUGCCUGUCCUUUCCCCCUUGUGCCGCCCAGCUUUCGCUGGCCUGGUGGUUCCCAUGAGCCUCUGAUGGACACAGGGCGUGGUUCUGUCGGGGAAGAGAGGGGUGGGGAAGUGGGGGCGUCAGCAUUCGCAGGACAGGGGAAGGUGGAGGCUCAGGGGAAGGCAGAGAUGCAGACAGAGAAUUGUGAAGAGCACCAUUCAGGAGUUACACGUUGUGAGGUUCCAAGACGAGUGGUAGAAGGUGCAGCAGAAUCAGCAGCGUGCAAGUCUGGUGGCGGCAGCAUGCGUGGGGCUGGGUUGGGCAGGGCGAGGAGGAAGCAAAGGGUGCGGAGGGAUUUGCAGGAGGAAGAAGCGGAAGCAGAGCAGGGGGGAGGGUGCGGCAGGGAAGAGGAGUUGGGUUUUUCGUCAGGCGGAAUUGAAGGGAGAAAGAGGGGUGGGAGGGAUGGGGAGGACGGCUGGAGCGGGGGAAGCAGGAUAGGUGUUGAACCAAUGGAGGAGAAUAUCUGGCAAGAAGAGAUGGCUGGUAGGGAAAUGGGAGACGAGGAAAGUGUGAAGCCGAAGGUGGGGAGUGCUGGACAGGCCGAAUUGGGGGGUGGUAGUGAGGGAAGGAGUAAAUGGCGAUGGAAGAGUGAGAGUGACUGGAUGACAAACCAUGCAGGCACUUCUGCAUGCCAAUUAGAUGCAGGCACGCAGUGGUUUUGGCGGGUGGGAGGAGGUGGACGUGGGGGAGUGGAGAGUAGAGGAGAGUUGGGUGGAGAUAAUGUGGAGAGUAAGGAUGUGAGUGCGAGUGCAAGGGCGAGUGUGCAGGGGGGUUGUAUACAGGUGAACGAGGAGGGCGCAUGA